UGCCAUUUAAGUGUAUAAAUAUAAUCUAUGGUUUGUUGCAUAGCUUCAGCUUGUCAACUUGUUAAUUGUUAUCAUCCGCACGUUUUAUUUACCUUAAAAAGUUAGUGGUAAAUUUAGUGUUAUUAAAAUUAUUAAUUUUUACAUCUAAUAUUCAUAAGAUACUGAAAUCGACACAGAAACAGGACAACGAAACAUUAAGACAUACGUACGAAAAAUACUAUUAUUUUAAAGCAACAUGGCAUUAGCUCUCCAAAGACGGGCAAACGUAAGACUUCCACCGGAGGUUAAUAGGAUAUUGUAUAUAAGAAAUUUGCCGUAUAAAAUUUCUGCAGAGGAAAUGUAUGACAUUUUUGGAAAAUACGGAGCCAUACGGCAAAUAAGAGUAGGUAACACACCAGAAACAAGAGGAACUGCAUUUGUUGUAUAUGAAGACAUAUUUGAUGCUAAAAAUGCAUGUGAUCACUUAUCAGGAUUCAACGUCUGCAAUAGAUAUUUAGUUGUAUUAUAUUAUAGAUCAAAUAAAGCAUUUAAGGGAAUGGAUGUUGAGAAGAAGCAAGAAGAACUAGAUACAUUAAAGAAAAAAUAUGGCAUUUCAACUGAUGAACUUCAUAAAUAAAUAGUAAUUAAAAUAA